GGUUAUCUAGAGUAACGUCAUGGAUCAGCUGAUAGCUGCAGUAGUGUUGGUCUGUCAGUCAUAUCACUAAACUUGUAUUCAUUAUGCAUUGUAAAAAAUUGACAAAUGUAUACUAGGUACACAAACAAGAAAAUUGAAGAAAAUAAAAGAUAACAGAGAAUAAAAAUGUCUCUGUACUGGAUUCACUGCCACAGGAGAGAAAUAAAAAAGUAUAUAUACUCGUAACUACAAUCUGGUUUGCUCUAUUUUUAACAUCGGAUGAAUCAAGAUACUAACAUAUUACUCCCGACUAACGAUAAUUCAAACGUCAGUUUGCCAUGGAUGAACAAAACGUCAAAAUGUUAAUUUUUCCCUUUUCGAUGCUUCGGUUUCGUCCAAAAUUAGGGGCUAUAUGGAUUGCACAAAUUAACGAAAUGAAACAUUCUCGUGAAAUUUUUGCACGAUCUGACUACCAUCAUGGAAGCUUAUUAAUACAGAUGUAGCAAACAGGCAAAGUUAUUUUGGGCAUGUGCUUGUUAACCCUAAAAAUGCAGACAUAGAUGAUUUUAACAUUGACUAUCACCCAUGAACCUGACAUUCUGGGAUAUUCUCACUAAUUUCGUUUAAACAUGGAUCCAGAUUCCACAGAGAUGGCAAACGAAGUCAAGAACAAAGUCAUACUGCACUGGAACUGUCGAGGUCUUGUGGAGUUCCCAGAAGUGAUAAGAUCGCACGGUAGUCAUAUUCAAGAGAUAUAUCUCAAGUGGAACAAGCUUACCACUCUACCAUCCUGGAUCAUAGAACUGUUCAAUGUAACUAACUUGUACAUGUAUGGCAAUCUGAUUGAACAAUUGCCCAUAGAACUCGGUCAGAUGAGUCAGUUGACAGUGUUGGAUCUAAGCGCUAAUAAACUGGAGCAAAUACCUUUCUGCAUCGGUAACUUGAGCAAUCUAAAGUCUUUAUUCUUAAAUGACAACUUUGUAGAAAGAUUACCAGUUGAAUUGAGCAAACUGAGAAAUUUGGAAAUACUAUCUGUCUCGGGCAAUCAUAUUGUUGCACUACCAGAAUGGAUCGGCUCUCUACCAAGACUUAAAGAAUUAUAUAUAGAUAACAAUCAGCUGAGAGAACUACCUAACAGGUUGACGUUAGCUCCUGAACUUGCCAUGAUCUCUGUGUGUUCAAAUAGGCUGAGAUAUUUACCAUUUAAUGGAUUUUUAUCAGCUCCUUGUAUCCGAUUUGAUGCAAAUGAAUACUUAAAUUAUGUGUCGUAUCCGCUUCUACUUCAACUACUUUCACAACUUCGAAUGACGGCUAUACACGAUAGGAGCAGUUUGGCAUUUGGGUGUUUUAAAACGCAUUAUAACACUACUGUGUUAAACACAAAUAUGAAAUUGUACGUAGAAAUGAGAGGUUUGUAUGAGAUGGACGCCGACGUUAUAAUCGAAUUACCACGGCAGCUCCUAAAAAUUCACCAAGUUCACGAAAACACGACCUGUUCUCUAUGGGAAUUAGCCCUGCGAAGAAUUUAUAUCGAGAGGUACAAACAUACACUCGAUGUGUUCACUUCUCCUCCAAACGUGACGAUAUUCUAUGAAUCACUUCCCAAAAAUACUAAAUUGGACUUUACAUUGUCUUCUACAAACUAUACUUUAUAUAGUUUAUUAAUGAACGGACCUGCCAGUAUUUGUAUAAAUACACAAUGUCAGCAACCUAUAUUUACAGAAGCUUGGAUCAUUAUCGGUAUUAGCCGUUACGCAGAGUCCAUGAUAACGAUAGCUUUAUGUUGUAGCAAAAGUUGUGCUACCGCAUUUGCUACACACUCGAAUACGACUAUUAAGCUUCAUUGGCACUCGAUCAAUUGAUGAAUUCUUCUCAUUUAGAUAUUGAUACGUAUUUAAUUAAUGCAUUUCUGUAUAUAAAAAGUAUUAGGAAAAUAAAAAUUCUUGUUUGUU